AUGGGCACGUCAGAACAGGUCAAAAUGAGGAGAAGUGUGAAGGAAGUAGGGGAAAUACUAGGAAACCAAUCAAAAGCAAUGGAUGAUCGCAGUGUCGUGAGGGCUGGCAGUUUCAGUGAAGGAUUUAGAUUACCAGGAUUGGAUAGAGACGCCAUGUUCUGGCCAAAUGACCAUCGGAUGAUCUGGGACUUAUCCCAGACUCAGUAUUACCAAACGCCCAUCCACAAACUCAUUUUAGCCCUCUACUCUGACAGUCCACCAGGGUACACGUUGCUUCAGUUAAUGACACCAACAAAUAGAACUGAGGUCUUAUCAGCAUGUGUCAUUAUAAAUAACAGACCCUAUGUAUCAAGUUCUUUGUACAGGCAUAUAAAUUGCUCUAGGGUGUUUCCUAAUUCUACAAUUCAUGGACCAUGUGGUAGCGGCAAUAUCAGUGGAUAUCUGGAAUAUGACACUGCUCAAGGUUUUGCUUGUGAUCUUUGGCCCCCUUUGGCCUACAGUUGGGUCGACAGAUGUCAGUCAUGGCCCAAACCUCACGUGGUUUAUGAUAUUGUCAGAAGUGGAUGUCACGUUGUACCAAUAGGCCACAAACUUGGACGUCAUGAAAUCAAUGAAUGGCGAAUCUCAUUCUGUGUCGCAGAAAUGAAACUGGUGUCCUCUAUGAGCCACUGUCAGUUCUUGACCUACGGUUUGUUGAAGUUGUUCCUGAAAGAAGUUAUCCAUCCUAAGACUGGUGUAUUACUUUCUUCAUAUCACAUGAAGACGGCGGUUUUUUUGGGUAUAAUUCAGCUACAUCCCCAGUGUAUCUGGUGUCCUCAAAAUCUCAUUGAAAACGUUUGGGUCUGCUUUAAACUUAUCAUUAAAUGGGUGUAUGAAGGGGUCUGUUCAAACUUUUUCAUUCCUGAAAACAACAUGUUUUUAACAAAAAUCUACGGCUCAGCAAAAGAAGUCUUGUUUCGUUACUUAUACGGGUUCUAUGAGAGAGGAACGGUGUCCCUGUUAGACUGCCCCUCCGUGAAAUGUAUCCUGAUGAAUGUCCUUUUUCAUCCCAGAAUUAUUUCUACAGACGAAUGCAGUUGCAUCUCAGAGGUUAUGUUUGAUAAGGAACUAUUCACGGACAUAUAUAACAUUGCUUCACUCCAAGCACCAACUUUUUGCGUUUGUUUGUGGUACCUAAACACAGUUCAUCAAAUGUGUGGCUUACAGUUAACAGAAAUUCAAGCUCUAACGCUGCAGUACAUUACAUCAACCGUCUUACAAAGUGCUGCAUUCAUCUUACGCAACAUCUUAAUCAACCCAAGGAAAAAUAAAUUUUUGUACUUAGCAACAACAAAAUCCUGUCACAUGACCAAAAUAGCCUCAAACCUUGGUUUCGUCUCCGACUUGCUGUACGUUGCAAUGCAUUAUUAUAAGAGUUUCAGAUUCAAAAAAGCCUUAUCAGUUUUAGAAAUUGCACAGACCAAGUUAUCAAGGCCAUAUGUAAUGCUUUUGCUAUCCUUAAAUACGAGUUAUACAGAAGCUGUAGGGGGGCAACCUUUGUUUAAAAAGAUGGGACACGCUAUAGCAUAUUACAUCAAACUUAGUAAUAAGAUCUGUUAUAUCGAUGAGUUAAUAAUCGAGCAACAAAGUAGUUUACAGAACCGGAAGUAUUCGUUAAGUAUCCCACACAUCGUCCUCUUGCGCAUGCUCCAGUUCUUGUGCUAUAGACAUUUUGACAUGAUGAAAGCACAAGCAGUCUUAGAUAACCUUCAGCAUCUUCUCCUAGAGCACACAGUGUGUAUACUGAACACAGACAUAGCUUGGCAGAUCUUGGGAAUAUGUCAACAUGUCACCGGAAAUUAUAAAGAUGCUAUAAAUUCAUACAAACGAUCCCUCAAACAAAUACCGCACCACAAAAUAAAAACUGCUACCUACAAGAGGAUAAAAGAAACGCUACAGUGCUGCGACCUAACGAACAUGGAUGGUCCUUUCUGUGGAUCAGCAACACUGCUUCUACAAAAACGGAGAAAAUCUUGUUGA